CCACCGCACAAGCCUGCUGCCUGUGAGUGCUUCGUUGCGCUGCACAGUUUCUUUACAUUGAUCAUUUUUUGUCGCUGGACUAUGUAGACUAAGACGGACACAACCAGGAGUGAGACGAGGUCAAAGUGCAACAGAACUGCAGAAACUACGCAGCUGCAGGAGGGACGAAGCCUUUUUAAAAAAAAAACCUGUAGAUGAAGCCAGGAUUUAGGGCUUGCAUUCUGAGUUGGAUUUAAUGAAACACAACAUGGAUUUUUGUAAAUGUUGCGUCAUAGAUAUUUUCUUUGUUUUGACAGUGUAGCUGGAAGAAGUUGGUUCACAACAGAACGACUAACCUGAACCUAAGUGGAACAUUGGCUCGGACAAGGAGGAUCAUCUCUUUUGGAGGCUGGUGGUGUCCAUCGCUCUCCGCAGUGAAAUGGAGACGGAGCCAUGUUGUGAAGAUCACGAAGACCCCGCAGUGGAGCCUACAGAGCCUGUGGUAGGAGAGGCCGUUUCCAAGCUUGCUGACGGGGACAGUCGCACCGAGCAGCCCUGUGGGCCAGCAGAGGAAGGCGAGGAGCUGAUGAGUGGGAAAGAGCAGGCUCAAACAGAGAGCCGUGCAGGGCAGAGUAAAAGCACCGAGAUAAAACCCCCAUCUGAUCCUGAGAAAAGUGGAGGGACACAAUACAAGGAACGGAGGAAGCUGAAAAAAACAAACAGCUGGAAGAUGGUGCGGUUUCAAGACCCGUCAACAGAGAAUGAUGUGUCGGAGAGAGACAGCUCAGCCGAGGGUCUCUUUCCAGAAUAUGUGAUGGUGGAAUGGACUUCUUCCACCUUUGAGGAGCUGUUCAAUGCAGACAAUUGGGAGGACAUCACAGAGGACCGGCUGUUGAGGAAGAAGGUGGUGGAGUCCAGGGCCUCGCACGACCCGGGGCCCACCUGGGGCCAGGAGGUCACUGUGAAGAUGCAAUGUGUCCUGGAGGACCGUACUGUGGUGGAGAAGGACUGCAAGCUUGUCUUUGUAAUCGGAGAGGGAGAUGUAAACCAGGCCCUGGAGGAGUGUGUCAUGUCCAUGCAGAAGGGCGAGAUCGCAUUACUGCUGGCAGAUUCACUGUAUGCCUAUGGACUUCUGGGAAGGGAGCCUGAUAUUCCAGCCUGGGCUCCUUUACUCUACCAGCUCCAGCUGCUGGACGUCGGAGAGAAACCGGACCCGUUGACCCUGCCCAUCGCUGACCGCAUCCGCAUCGGCAACCAGAAACGAGAGCGAGGAAACUUUCAUUUCCAGAGGGAGGAGUACAGCAUGGCUGCCAGAGCCUAUUGUAUGGCUCUGGAUGUGCUAACCACACGCAGCAUAGACGGUGGCGACGGCAGCGUGAAGACGGAGGCGGAAGAGGUGUGGGACUACCGGGUGAAGUGUUUGAACAACCUGGCCACCGCUCAGUUUAAACUGGAGCAGUACGGCGAGGCGCUGCAUACCAGCCGGGACGUUCUGCUCCUCGAGCCAAACAACGUCAAGUCCCUUUUCAGAACGGGAAAGCUCCUGUCAGAUAUGGGUGAAUACAAAGAGGCGAUGGAGCUGCUAAAAAGGGCCUUGAAACUGGAGCCAGCCACCAAGGCAAUCCACGUUGAGUUAUCUAAACUCGUCAAAAGGCAAUCGGGAGGCAAAGAUACUCAGGAAUGGAAAGCAAAACCAGCGGAGGUGCUUGGAGAGAAUAUCGCACCUUUUCUGAUUCCUUCAAAGAAGAAACAAUCUGGAAUUUCCUGGAAGCUUAUACUCGGAGCUCUGGUUGUGGCCUUUGGCAGCUUAGUGAUGUCACUGAUCCUGACCGCAAGAAACUGAAAUCCUCUGCAGGAAGCACUUUGAAAAUCCUCAUCAUCAUCACCAUCAUGUGCAGAGUUUGGUCUCCAGUCCUCUUUAGCUCAUUUGAAAAGAGUUUUCUACUGUGAAGACAUGAGAAGGUAUGCAACGCAGCAGCACCGCAGCCUGAAGUUCUAUUUUAUGGUAGAAAAAAGUUUCACUGAAGUGUGUGUGUGCAGUAUUUAUAAAAAUGAGGAUAGUUCAGCAUCGAGUGAAAACCAGAAGAGAUUUCUGCUGAUCGAUAAGACAGAAGUUUUCUAACAGUCUUCUUUCCAGUUACGUCUGUUUUAUUUGGAAAAGGGAUUACAUUUCUGUUUGUAAUAAAAUAAAAAAAAAGGGUCCUGGAAAAAGAUUUUAGUAUCACAGAUACUCAAAAAAAAGAGGCCCUGGAACUUUUGUAAAGACUAUAAUCAAACUGCAAAAAGUAAAUUUAGUAAACGAUUAACACUUCCAACAUCACAAUUCUGAGAUUUAUUUGAUCAGUGCUCCAAUAAUUGAAGGCGUUGAAACUGUAAUAUUGCUUACACUGAUGCUUGAUUAAAAUGUUUAAAAAAAAUGCCCUUAGUCUUUUUCUUUUGAUUUCUCAAAAAAACAAAUUUGGUCUCAAAGG